AUGGCUACUGAAUCAUCCAGCGGACUUCAGUCCGUCAGUAUUCUCCAGGAGAAAUCCCGUCUUGUCAAUCUUGCCCCCGAGCUUCAAGUCGAAAUCUUUUCGUACUGCACACCACAUAACCUCUCCCAGCUAGCUGGCACUUGCAAAGCGAUUAACAAAAUUGCCAAACCUAUCCUCUGGUCUAAACUCGAUAUGAAAAUGACCAACGCUCCUGAUUAUGAAGAUUGGCGCCGUGGUUGUCUGGAUGAGGAACAGAUGGACAAAAUGGCCAGAGCUACCCGUCUCUUCAACGAUUCGGAUCUUGGAUAUGGAUCUAUCACCAAGAUAAUGAUGUUUAUGGGGGGCGAACCUGAGCGGCAAAAUGGAAAGGCUGCUACGGAAGGCGAUCUCCUUGAGCUAGUGAAGGAGAGGAUCCAGGAUGGCCGAAUGCCAAAUGUUAGAUAUUUGCGUGUGGAGCUUUGCAGAGACUAUCUUUUCCGAGACGGAUUUCCUCAGCUUGCGAGUAGUCCAAAAUCUAGAGCUGGAAGGCUCAUCCAAGCGCUCAAAACUUACUCUAGAUCGAAGGCCCAAAGCGAAUUCUGCCUUGAUCUCUCAUACACUUGCUCUUCCAUCAAAGACAUAUUGACCGAUUUUAACUAUCCGAAUUUAACAUUCUUGAAUCUGUCAUUCAAGAACCCGAUUGCCGACAGCGGUGGGCUAAAAAACUAUACCGAACACUCAAACCAGGCUUACGACAUACCCGCUCUCACGAAAUUGCUCUCCGCUGCUACGAAUCUUAGAGAUCUGGGGUUAUUACCAAAGCCAGUAACUCCACGUGUCGAAGAUGAGAUGCUUCACCAACCCCAGCCGGCGUCAACCAAACUGCUACAAGCUCUUCAGACUGCACUUUUUGGACUCAAAAAACUCAGAUCGCUCCAUGUUUGCGACUUUUUGUUCGAUCCGUCGUUUUUCCCAGCGCCUCCCUCAAAUGUCAAGUCCGUUUGUUAUAGCUGCCUCGAGAGGGUAUCCAAAUCGUGGUGGGACCAGUUUGCCGCCUACGACUUCCCAAAUGUGAAAACCAUGGUGAUUCAUUAUCAAGGGGAGGCUGCGGGUCCUCCUUCUAGGCGGAAUUGGUGGCGAGGCAUUGAUGACGGCAAAACUGCUGUAGAAGACGGCGGAUAUGACGGCCUCCAACACUGGAAGUUCAAAAUUCGCAACGUGGCUAUUUCUACACUCACGGAGUUUAUUUGUGACGAAGAAAGAUGUCACCUGUUGCCAACGGACCUUGUAGAAUGUAUGGUUCGCAAUAAUAGAGGCAUCCAAGAGGGGUGGGAGGAAGUUCUAGCUAAGCGCUACACAGAAAAUUUAUCCGCAGAGUGCAAAGGGAGGCUUGUAUCGCCGUUAAAAGAUCAAGUGAUGCAACAGAUCCAGAACAGACUUCAGGACCGAUUUUUAGACAGGUUCAAGGACGGACAGAACGGACGGAAUGAAGAGGAAGAAGUACGACUUUUUAUGACUGCCUAUGCGAAGGAGAUAAUGCACUGGAUCCAGGAAAAUACCAACACAAAGGCUUUGGGCAAUUGA